GUCUUCCCGCAUGCCCCUCGUGCCACGAGAUUCGUGCCACGAGGUGCAACGGCUUCAACGCUCGCGUAUCUCAGCCCCUCAACCGCCAGUCCCUACCAGGUCCGAGCUUCUCCUCUGCCUGACUCCUCCUCGAAGUAGACAUGGCUGACGCACAAGGUUAUUACGACCAGCAGCAGCAGCAGCAAUAUUACCAGCAGCCGGAGGCCCAAUACCAAGAGUACCAGCAACAAGAUCCCCAGAAUCAAUACGCGUACGGCUGGUACCAGCCGGCCGACGCUGCUAACAACCCCCCGCCCGAAAUGGCACCCAUUCUUCAAGGUUCCCUGACGUCUAGUCACUCGUCCAUUUCACGUCGAGCAGCAGCAACUGGGCCGUGGUGUGCGGUUUUCUCCUGCUUCUCGGUUUCUUUCUGAUCAUCACUGUGGUCCUAUUUCUGUCCAUAGGAGGCAGUGACAUCGAGGAAGAAGGUGUGCAGGGACCGUUUGGAGGUGGACCAUCUCGAGGUGGGAAAAACGGAGGUGGGGCAACCAACGUGUCAUUGGUUGUUCCUCAGGCGCCGCCACCUCCUCCGCCACUCGUCCUACCAGGACUACCCGUUAUAAGGAGGGCGACUCGGAAGCCAAAUCUCCCGCGCCCCGCAGUACCUCCACCGACGACACCAAAGCCAACAACGCCAACUCCAACAACUCCAACAACUCCAAGAACGACGACUACGCCACCCCCUCCUCUGCUGUGCUCGGUGGGGACGCAGACGGCAAUUUCUAAGCUAUUCCCGCCGGACAGGUUAUGCGACAUCGUCAUAUACACGCACGUGCGCGUGUUCGCGGGAGUUGUGCUCGGGUCCGUCAACGAGAUCAGCUUCCAUGCAUUCAGGAACGCCUGCAGCAACUACGCUGAUACCUCGUGCGGUUUGUCCUUCGACAGCCGGAACCUGGAACAGCGCAUGUUUCAGACCGUGGAAGUCAGGGACGACCUGACCACGUUGAAGAAAUAUUACCGGAUGUACCACUACGGCAUCCUGGGCAUCAUCGAAGACCCUGCAAAGGUCGAAAAGCUCGUAAACGCGGCCGCGAUUGGUAUACUCAAGAAAAUGCGGGAGCUGCUGGGUUCAGACAGAGAACACAACAAGGUCUUCGUGGGCGUUGGGUACUACUUCUACGAUGGCAAAAAUGCAUGGGCGGACCUGGCGUACACUGCAGACAACGUCGCAUUGCCUGAGGUGGACAUCGUGGUGAUACUGACCACCGUUGUGACGAUGCCGAGCAACCUACGAUGCAGAACGCUGCCUGUCAACGCUUACAAGAGCCAAGACACGCGUACACCCACUCUGGACAAGGCCUACCAUAUUGCGACGACAGACUUCUCGAGGCCGGAUCUUGUCGUGGCCUUGGCACUGCAGAUGGGCGUCGCCGUUUACAGCUACGAGGAACGACCCAAUAGCGCCAAUAGUGCGCUGUACGGACGUUGCAAUGGCUUCGGCAUCUCGGCUUACUCUGAGGCAUGCCAGGUGCCAGAGACGGGCCUCCACAUCGAGAAGACAGUCAUCGGCCUUGACACCCUGGAGCAGGCCGAGCUUCUCAUGCAGCAGAGGCUGUUGGCGUUCGACAAGCUCUACCACCUCAUUGACAAGGCCACAAUCAUCAUGCAGAGACCCGACAUACGGACUAACCUGACAUGGAUGUUGCUCAACGCCGACCUGACUGACUCAACAGGCUUUUGUCUCUCAGCACCCUUCCAGCGCUUGAAGGGAUUCAGAGACUUUUACUACCGGCAAGCACAGAUGCCGAAGGGUUAGCCGCAUACCCUGCUGCUGUGCGGAAAUUGCGCAACGACGUGCAGGUUUCGCACCGUUUUGCAAGCCGUCCUGUAACGUGUCUAUGGGCGGCUUUUUUGUCGGCCCUACGUGACCAGGUGCAAAAAAAGAAAAAAAAAACAUCCUAUGUUUUUAUUCAGCGUUUGUUCCUCUUUGCGGUACUGCAUUCGAUAAACGGACAAUGGGCAAACUGUU